AUGCAAUGGUAUCCAGUUGGCGAAGAUACUCGUAGCCUGUUUUUAAAUUUAACUACUCCACGUUAUUUUCAUAAUGUGGAAAUAUUUUUAGAAGAUAUAUCCAACCAUUCAGAGACAGAAUGGUUACAUUUGUUAAGUUUACAACAAAUUAUACGUUUACAAUAUCUUCAGGCUAAUGAGUCCGUUGGAUUAGCAUCAUACAUCCAUAGCGGGAAAAAGUAUAUUACUUUUAAACAAACUAUUCAUUAUUCAAAUAAGACUGAGGAGAAAUGGAAGUCAUGUUGGCAAGCAGUAAAGCAUGAUCUUUAUGAAGAAUCAAUUUGUCACUCAUCGAAAAAUCAUUCAAUCACAUUAAUUAAAGGUUUCAAGAUCUACUUCAGUUAUAUUCCACCAAGAAAGCAACAACAUCUUGGAAAUGUAUUAUAUAAUGCAACAAAAAUCAUUUCCAAUGGUCAUAAACUUAGGGAACAAGCCCAUGUGAAGCUGAAAUAUUUUCAGAACACAAUAACCCAUGUAUCUUCAAAAAAGCCAAAAAGCUUACAAUGUGACCAUAAUCUUGAUAAAUGGUCCAGUGGUCCUUUCAGAUCAUAUAACCUUCAAGCUAAUGACAAACAGUACAUAAAAUAUCGGAGUAUAGACCUUGUACCGAUUAAAAAUUUGUGGAAGACAGGGAUUGCAAAUUGUCAAAGCACAGCACCAAUAGGACCACAAAUAUGUAAUUGUCCGGUUCUCUAA